CAUAAACGCACUGCUUCUAAUUCCAUCCGCACAUCGUUACCACGACGACGGUGCUAGAAUCUCGAACUUUCAGUGUCCGAAUCUCACUCAGUUUAGUCAUAGUGUUAUUUUUUCGCCAGGUUCUCAUUCAAUUAAAAGUGUCGUCCGCGCUCGCAUAAGGUGUGCUAUAAUUGGGUGCGAGUCAUCCCAACAAUCUGAUGGGGGAGCGUCCACUAAAGUUUUUAUUCCGGGAGGCCUAAAACGUGUAGUGUCGGGUGAUUUAUUCGGUUCCUUUUUUUGCGACACCUUCAAGGGCCAUGAAGAAAGGUCGUGUCGGCUGACGCAACAUCAGCAGUUCAUUCCUUUGAAACAGCAAUCAUUCGUCACGCUAGAACAGAGCAGGGAAAGCAACCCGUGUGACUGGCGAGUAAUUUUGCGUGUUCCUUCCCAUUCGCCACAGUGUCCAUUUGGUGUUGUCUGCAUAACUGAUAAGCAAGCAAAGCAAGCGACCCGCAGGUCCAGCAGGAAGAUCGUUUCAUCGUGUGAAAGAGACAACUGGAGGUAUUUGGAACAUGUUCUUCCCUGAGUCAUCCUCCGCGACGUCAAAUCGUGAAUGGCAGCGAACGUUCGAAGCGAUUAAAGCUGGUCACGAUGAGUCGUACGCAACGGUUGAACGUGCGAUCAAGCUGGAAGAACACGAACGGCCCGAUCUGGCACUGCAGAUGUAUAAGGACGGCAUAAGGCGCAUUGAUGAAACACUAGCCCUGCCCGUCGAAGUGCCCGACCUACAGGUACAGGGUCCACAAGCGGACGAAAGUUGGCAACAGGCGAUCGCCAUGAUACACAAGCUAAAGCGCACCAGAGGGGAGGUGUUGCAACGUAUCGGACAGCUCGGUGGAAAUGGGACGGAAGGUGGUGACAGUGGUUCUCAAGAAAACAGCACUGGACAGCGACCAUGGACGUACACGGAGCUAGCGAUGGCACUGAAAGAUAUGUCCGAAGAAAGUACGGAUGAAACGAAAGUGAGUCAACUAGAGCUGCUGUUCUCGUGUGACGGUGUCCAUGUGUACUACAUCGAACCGGAUGGUGUCGUCAGCAGGACAAUGGCCGACUCGACAUUGAGAAUCGUGCGUAUCGAGGGCGAUGAAAACAGACAGCUGCAGACAACCGUAUUUCUACAGGUGAUCGAAACGCGAUCCGCUAUACGUAUCGAAAAUGCCGAAGAACCGCUAGAACAGGUGGUGGAAGAAGCAACCGAAGCACGCCCACCUGUGGAAAAAGUGCCGAUGGAAGUCGCAGCAGAGCAGGAGCCGGACCCCGAUGCAGAGCAAUCCGGAUUUCUUAUUUAUCCACUCAUUCCGGGUGUGUCACCUUGCUAUCGGACGGAAUAUGGCGCGUUUAUACUUCCCGAUUUAGCUGCCGCUAGUGUAGAAGGUCGUGCGAUUGGGCUCGUAGUACCGGCCGAGGCGGAUGAGGUUGUGUUGGAGAUACUGGUUGCCUUUCUGCAUGGAAUUGUUCCUCAGCCGACACCGACGGGCGCCCGUGUCAGCAAACGUUCCCUGCUGCCCGACUCAACCACCGUUUCGGCCGGUAUCAUUAAGGGUGCAUUCUACCUUUCCCAGGGAUUGGUGCGUGGUGCGGAACGAACCGGUCAGCUGAUCGCAACCGGCACACCCUACGUCAUUUCGAAACUAGGUCAGAAACAAAACUCCACCGCGCAGGAUUCAACGGAGACCGCUACCGUACAGGUACCGAAAAACGUUCGUACUGGCAUCGAGAUAGCGAAAAACGUCACCGGUACGGCAGCUGGUGUGACCAGCUACGUUGCCGGGAAGGUCGGUUCGGCAACGAUGGCACUGGGACGCUUUCUGGCACCGCACAUUCAACGGCACGGCAGUGCCCUGCUGGCGUACGGCACCGGUAUGAGCGAACAGGACGCCUCGCAGCGUAUGAACGGUGCGCUUACGAUCUGUGCCGGUGCCGUCGAAGGGUUCGGUACCGUGUACGAAGGUCUCGAACGUUCCGCAUCGAUACUGGGUCAAAGUUUGAGCGCCAGCACGGUGCAGAUAGUGGAGCAUCGGUACGGUACGGAAGCGAGUCAGUUCGUCGGUAGCUCGCUUGACACGGUCGGGAACGUGAUUAACGUGACGCACAACAUGAACUACAUCACACCGAAGGGGUUAGCUAAGCGGACGGCAAAAAAUGCUGGGAAAGCCCUCGUAGCCGGCUAUAGACCGGCCGUACCAGAGGUCGACGUUGGAACCGCAUCUACCUCUGGCAGUGCAACGGCAACAGUUCUAGAAGCAUCCCGCGAGCAACGUAUCGUUCCUGCGGCCGUACUUUAUCCCGAUUUAGACGGAUUGGCUAAGGAAGUGCGGCAGAAAGAAGGAUUUGUUUAAAAACAUGCGUAAGGGGUGAGACAUCAUCAUCAUCAUCAUUAAAUCUGACAAGGAAGUAAGGAAAAAAAAGCGAAUGAAAAAAGAUAAAAGAAUAGAAGUAGAAUGAAUAGCUAAGGUAUGUGGGAAAGAUUUUAAUCCUCAACUUUUAUCCAAAUGUCCACAUGAAGGGAACCUAACCCGGUUAUUGGGAUACAGUAGGAGAGUGUGUGUAUGAGUGUAUGAUAGAAUGUUAAGCAUUUACAUUAAGAAUCUCAUAAACCAGAGGUGAUGAAACAGUUGUUAUAGAAUGUUAUAUUUGGUACACGCUUAUAUUCAAUAGGGAGUUUUAAAGCGAAUGGAUAUCUUUAAUAUGUUGUGUAUGUGUAAGUUGAUCAGAUCGAUCACCAUCCGUGCAGGGACCAUAGCUUCAUCUUCCUACGAAUAUCCUAUCAUAAAUCUAGAAAAUCAAGAAUCUUACUUUAAAUGAAUCUCAACUCAAUUCACUCAGAUUUCAAAUAAUAUUCCACAGUGACACAAACAAGCACAAGCGAAAAGAAACAAUAGUUCGUGCCAGCAGGACGAAAAUGUGAAUGCUGAAAACAGUUUUAGUUUAAAAUGAAAGCAUAAGUCUGAAAAAGAUAAAAAAAAUUACGGAAUGCUACAAUAAAGUCAUAUGUUAUCUUAUCAUUAAAGGGAAAUGGCACAGU